GCUCCCAUGAUGAGUGGCUGGCUCCUGCUCCUCACCGUGCUCCUGGCCCUCACAGCUGUCGAAGCACAGAAAAGGAGCCAAGCAGUGUGUGAGGACGUGCUGCAGGCUGACAUCGCCUUCCUGGUGGACGGCUCCUCCAGCAUCGGCAGGAACAACUUCCGUGCCGUCCGUGCCUUCAUGGAUGACCUGGUGGGCCCCUUCGUGCAGGUGGUGGGCGAGAAGGCGGUGCGCUUCGCCGUGGUGCAGUACAGCGAUGAGCCGCGGGUGGAGUUCCCCUUCUCCCAGCACACUGAUGGCAUGAACGUCCGGAAGGCCAUCCAGCAGCUGAGCUACAAGGGUGGCAACACUCGGACUGGCGCUGGCUUCCGCUACAUCGCUGACAACUUCUUCAGCCCCACACAGCUCCGGCCGGGUGUCCCCCAGAUUUGCAUCCUCAUCACUGAUGGCAAGUCCCAGGAUGAUGCCGAAGGGCCAGCAGCGAAGCUGAAGAGCCAGGGCAUCAAGAUCUUUGCUGUGGGAGUCAAGAACGCUGACCACAACGAGCUGAUCCGCGUGGCCUCGAUGCCCACUGAUGCCUUCUUCUUCUACGUUGGUGACUUCAAGCUGCUGGGGACAUUGAUCCCACUGAUGACACGCAGGGUGUGCUUGAGCGUUGGGGGCACCCUCUAACGGCCCCCGUGCUCUCCUGCAGAUGGGCCAAGCCAUGCUGGCCCCUCCAACCUGGAGAUCCUGGAGCGGGGCCUCGAUCAGCUGCGGAUCCGCUGGACGGCAGCCAGCGGCCCCGUCACGGGCUAUCGGGUGCAGCACGUGCCGCUGACAGGGCUGGGCCAGCCGAUCGUGGCAGAGAGGCAGGAGGUGAGCCUGGGGCCACGGGAAACGAGCACUGUGCUGCGGGGGCUGCGUGCGGGGAUGGAGUACCUGGUCACUGUCACUGCCCAGUACGCCAACAGCAUCAGCGAGUCAGUGUCUGGCCGAGCACGCACCCGGCGCCCAGCAGGCGUGCAGCACUUGGCUGUCCACAAUGUCUCAGCACAGAGCAUGCUGCUGGCCUGGCCGCCCGUCAGCGGUGCCACCGGCUACCGGCUCUCCUGGGCGACCCUCGCAGGACAGGACAGGCACAGGGUGGACCUGGACGCUGGGCAGACGUCACAUGUGCUGGGGGGGAUGCAGCCCAACACCGAGUAUGUGUUGAUGGUGGCCCCGCUCUUUGGGCAGCUGGAGGGGCCCACGACCACCGUGCGGCAGAGGACAGGACCAGAGUCCCCCAGAACAGUGUCGCUGCCAAGCAGUGCCAACACCUACCAGCUGACAGGGCUGCAGCCGGGCACCGAGUACCGCAUCACUCUCUACACGCUCUACGAUGGCAGGGAGGUGGCCACCCCUGUCACCACCUUCCAGACAGGUGUUGAGGUGCCCGUGGGCACCGUGUCAGGCCUGCGGUUUGUCGAGGAGGCGGGCAGGCGGGUGCGGCUGGGCUGGACCGGUGUCCCUGGUGCCACCGAGUACAAAGUUGUGGUGCGCAACAACCAGGAUGGCACAGAGAGGACGAGGCGUGUCCCAGGCAGCCAGACAGGGCUGGAGCUGGGUGACCUCCGGGAGGGCAUCACCUACCUGGUGCGUGUUUCGGCGAUGGCAGGCGGCCGGGAGGGCAGCGCUGCGACAGUCACCGUCCGCCUCAGUAAGUCCAUGCCCAGGCAAGCCCUCAGGGCACUGGGGCAGACACAGGGUCCCUCUGAGCACCCCGAGGUGACACCUGUGGUGCUGUGGGGUGGUGCAGAGUACCCAGCAGUGGGCAGCAUCUCAGAGCUGCGGGUGAUGGAGGUUGGUCCCAGCCAGCUGCGGGUCACUUGGCGAGGGCUGUCGGGUGCCGGGGGCUACCUGCUGACGUGGCGAGGCAGCAACGGUGUGGAGCAAUCUCGCUUCCUCCCUGCCGACUCCACCACCUUCACCAUCGAGGGGCUGCGCGCCAGCAUUGUCUACACCAUUGGUGUCUCAGCUGUUGUGGAUGGCCGCCAAGGCAGCCCUGUCACCACCACAGGGCGGAUAGGGGGACCCCAGCGCAGCCAGCAGCUCCCGGCCACGGCCAGCUCCUAUGACUUGGGGGGGCUGGAGCCAGGCCAGCGCUACCACAUCAGCAUCACCAGCCUGGCUGGUGGCCGGGAGAGCGAGCCAGCCACUGUCACUGCCAUCACUGGCCACGUCCCCAGCCUGCGGGUGAUGGAGACGCUGCCUGGUGCUGCCAGCUACCAGCAGGUCUCUGGGCUGCGCCUGGGCCAGCGCUACACCUUCACCCUCCGCCCACUCCUGGGGAGCGUGCCGGGCGCCGAGACCUCCAUCAGCGAGCGCACAGUCUGCAGGGAUGCCCGUGGUGACAUCGUUUUCCUGGUGCAUGGCACCCGUGACAGCUCCUCCAGUGCUGAUGCCGUCCGCACCCUCCUCUCCAACACCGUGUCUGCCCUGGGGCACCUGGGCCCAGAGGGCACCCAGGUGGCUCUGGCCACGUACAGCUACCGCAGCCUGCCCUGGCUGCUCCUCAACCGCUCCAGCGACCUGCCCACCGUGCUGGAGCAGAUCCGCACCAUGCGCUACGAGGAGCCCAGCGGCAACGCCAUCGGGGCAGCCAUUGCCUUUGCUAGGACCUACCUGCUGAGCCCUGGCGCGGGGCGCCGGCCCAGCGUGCCAGCGGUGCUGGUGGUCCUGGCCGACGGCCCCUCAGGAGAUGAUGCCAUCGCUGCAGCCAGGGAUGUCAAGGCUGGGGGUGUCCAGGUGCUGGCGGUGGGCUUGGAGGGAGCGGACCGGGAGCAGCUCCGGCGCAUGGUGACCAGUGAGGACCCGCGGUACAUCUAUCGUGGUGGUGGCAGUGCCCUGGCAGAGCUGGAGGGAGAGCUCACUGACGACCUCUGCACCAUCAUCUCCACCAGGCCAGAGCUGGAGCCGAGGCCAAAGCCCUGCACUGUGCAGUGCCCCAAGGGCGAGAAAGGAGACCGUGGCGAGGCAGGCCGCCAUGGGCUGCCUGGCCCUCCAGGACCCCCAGGGCCACAGGGUCUGCCCGGAGAGAACGGCGAGCGGCCAGGCAGGAAGGGGGACAGGGGAUUCCCCGGAGCUGAUGGGACACCAGGAAACCCUGGCCGCCCUGGGAAUCCCGGAUCCCCCGGCCAGCCGGGCGCCCAGGGCAUCCCUGGCCUCCGAGGGGAUCCUGGGCCACGGGGGCCGAUGGGGCUUUCUGGCCCGAAGGGGGAGAAGGGCGAGCCGGGAGAAACCAGAGUGAUUGGGGAUGGAGGACAGGGGAUACCAGGCCGGAAAGGGGAGCCGGGCAUACCGGGCAGCCCCGGCCCCCCAGGGAGCCCCGGCCCACGGGGGCCCUUUGGUGAUCCAGGCCCCCCAGGUCCACUUGGACCUAUGGGGCCACCGGGACCUGCAGGGGAGUUUGUGAAGGGGGAGAAGGGUGACCGAGGGGAGAGGGGCCCCCCAGGAAUUGUGGAUGGGACAGCGCCUCGAGGAGAGCCCGGCCUCCCAGGCCUGCCUGGGGACCCCGGACCCCGAGGACCUGCUGGGGCCCCUGGCCUGAAGGGAGAGAAGGGUGAUGGCAAAGAAGGUUUUCCAGGGCCACCCGGCCGCCCAGGGGACCCAGGAGACCGGGGCCCUCAGGGACCACCAGGGGAGCAGGGCAGGAAGGGAGACCGUGGAGUACCAGGCAAGCUGGGAGAGAUGGGCGAGAAGGGUGAUCGUGGCAUGCCAGGCCCCGAGGGUGACAAGGGUGAAGCAGGAGCCCCAGGGCGCCCAGGGCCAUCAGGCAGAGAGGGAGCUCCAGGACCAGCUGGCCCCCGGGGGGAGAAGGGUGCUCCUGGCUUGAGCAUCCCAGGGCUGGCUGGACCCAAAGGGGAGCAGGGCGACCGG